AUGUCUGAUUAUUUGAAUGACAACCCGAAUGUCGUGGAGGAGAACGACCUGCCUUCGAGGAAGGUGAGCGAGGAUGACCAGCUACUAAUGGGAAGUGUCGGUAGCCAGACGUGUCUAAAGAAGAAGAGGCUGCUUUUGAAGAUCGACAACUCCGGGCAGUCAUCUGUUCAGCAAGCUGUGGAGCUUUUGGACAAGAUGCUGCUGUUGAACUCGGCUCCUGAACUAACUUCAGACGAGGAGUCCGUAGAGGAAACGGACGGCGAGUCGCUGGAACAAACGAAUGAAGAGUGGGAGCCUGUUGAUGCACAAGAAAUAUACGACCUUACAGCGCACAUAUCUGAUCCAGAACACCCGCUCAGUCUGGGCCAGCUUUCGAUUGUCAACCUGGAAGAUAUCGAGGUUCAUGACGACGGAGAUUAUAAUAAAAUGGCAGAAGUCAUCAUAAGAAUAACACCCACCAUCACGCACUGUUCGCUGGCGACACUGAUAGGCCUGGGUAUCAGGGUGCGGUUGGAGCGUGCGCUGCCCCCCAGAUACCGGUUCACCAUCCUUUUGAAGAAAGGUUCGCACACGAGCGAAAACCAGGUGAAUAAGCAACUGAAUGAUAAAGAGCGGGUUGCUGCCGCAUGUGAGAACGAGCAACUACUCGGCGUGGUCUCGAAGAUGCUUUCCACUUGCAAGUGA